GAAGUGGUGAAUAAUGCCUGGUUUGUUUAAAGGAGCAUGACUGAUUUUGGAUGAAGGAUCCUGUCACUUUGGCAUUUUUAGUUUUAUUUAUUGCACGCAACUGUAUAAAACCUGGUACUGGUCUCAGUGCCAGGCUUACUAGUGGAAAAGCUGAAAGGACCACAUAGCUCCUGGUGCAGCAAAGAGCUUCUCCUGCAAGGCAUUUGCUGGACUCCUGAAAAAUUACUUUGAAUAACAUGGCAGAGAAGGAUUUCAUCAGUUGGCAUCUGCUAGCUUUAUUUUUUCUUCCAUUUUGCCUGUGUCAAGAUGAAUACAUGGAGGUGAGCAGAAGAUCUUAUAAUCCAGUGGCCAAAGUAUUGCAAAGUCAUCACCAGACUGGCCAUAAAGGUUCCAGAAGCAGGGAAAUAUUGAAACAGCGGAGUCAACUUAUAGAGUGGACUGUUGAUAAUAGCACUUCUACAGACCACAAAGUCCUGAGACCAGAGGUAGAUGAUGUAGAACUGACUACCUCAGAUAGAGUCCAGCCCCCACAAAGUGGACCACAGAAUCCAGACUGCAGUUCCUGCUGCCGUGGUGACUUUGGACUUCGACUCUACCAAGGGCCCCCAGGACCUCCAGGGCCCCCUGGGAUGCCAGGGAAUCAUGGAAACAAUGGAAAUAAUGGAGCAACUGGACAGGAAGGAGCCAAAGGCGAGAAAGGAGACAAAGGAGAUAUGGGACCAAGGGGAGAGCGUGGCCAUCAUGGACCCAAAGGGGAGAAGGGUUACCCUGGGAUUCCUCCAGAGCUACAGGUUGCAUUCAUGGCUUCCAUGGCUACUCAUUUCAGUAACCAGAACAGUGGGAUCAUCUUCAGCAGUGUUGAAACCAACGUUGGGAAUUUCUUUGAUGUCAUGACUGGUAGAUUUGGUGCUCCAGUGAAUGGGGUGUAUUUCUUCACCUUCAAUAUGAUGAAACAUGAAGAUGUGGAGGAAGUGUAUGUGUACCUGAUGCAUAAUGGUAAUACAGUUUUCAGCUUGUACAGCUAUGAAUCAAAAGGGAAAGCAGACACUUCAGGAAACAGUGCAGUCCUAAAACUUGCCAAGGGAGAUGAAGUUUGGCUGCGGAUGGGAAACGGAGCCCUCCAUGGGGACCAUCAGCGCUUCUCCACCUUUGCUGGGUUUCUUCUUUUUGAAACCAAGUAAAACCAAUAGAUGUUUAUCUGACAAAACUUCUCUUUUGGAACUGGUAUUUUUCUCUUGACUGUGGAAUAGCACUACAACAUUGAAAGAUCAAGAAGGCUUGUAUUGAUGCUAUACCAUCAUUGCUAUUUGUGUAUCAGAAUUGAGCUGAAUACACUGGGUAGCUGACACACAGAUUCACAGAUGUAUUGUCUUCUGGGUUGUAUCUAGUGAAUCGUUAAAGGUUGCUAUUGCUCUCAUCUCCAAAGUGACUAAAAAAACCCAAAGGAAAAGGAUUCAAAAUCAUUUAGAGAGCAGUUUGCACAGUAAAGUCAAUUCUGUCUCUAAAUAUACUUCAGUUAAGUAUGUCAGGAACUGAACAAUCAGUUCAAGUUUUUCUGUUCAUUUAGUUAUUACGUGUUCAUUUAAGUUUGCAUCAUGGAAACAGACCUAAAAGAAUUAUAAGUGGGCUCAACUGAGACCAGAUUUAAAUGAAGAAGUUUUUACUGGACUAGAAUGAGCUUUACAAAUAGAAGAAAAAAAUGUGAAUAUACAGAUGUCAAGGAUUCAGGUUUAUUGCAUUUCCAUCUCAAACCUCUGAAGAUUUAUCUGGUGUCAUUUUUCACAGAUUUUUAGUACAUAUUUAUGCUCAGUUUCUCUUAAAAAUGAGUGGUAGUAAUUCUUGCCUUGGUAGUAGCUUGAAGCUAAGGUAAUUUAGCAUGCAGUGUAAUGGGGAUCAGACAGGGGAAUGUAACUUUUCUUCCUAGCCUUAAAAUUAUUAAAACCUGAUGUAACUGAAUGUAAGGAGUCAAAGCACAGCCAUAUAUGCUGGAGAAGCUGGAAUAUGCCCACAGGACAAACAGAAAAACACAAGUGUUGUGGAGUUUGGAGCUCUUUUAGAAGGAUGUACCUUCUAAUACUGCGUAUUUACUUAACAGUGAAGUUGUUGAUACAAUUUUCCUAGCAGCUUUCCAAGAAAGAGUAUUUCAGGAAAAGUCAUUGCAGCCGGGCAAAGCAGCAGCUAAGUCAGUUCAAUAUUUAACUGGUGAAAGCAAACACUGGCUGUCUCAGAAGUUCUGGUCACAGUGAACUGGGCCAUUCUUCAGCAUUAAUAUUUGCCACUGGCUUUUCAGAAUUUGGGUACCUGAGAUCCUGCCUCACUAUUUUCUUUUCAUCUGAAACAACACCAAACAUACUAAGACAACACUGAAAUUUGAAUGUAUCUUCCGCACAUUCUGGCUCUCCACACACAAUCUAAUGAAACAUAAAUCACAUCUUAACAGACAUUGCAUUUUAACCAGAUGUUACCUGCUAUUAAUGUAUAACAAGCAGGUGGGACUAGGAAAAUAUUUAUAUGAAAUUCUUUUAUACUGGAUACAGAUUAUCAGUAGCAUGACACAGAGCAAACCAAUCAAAAUCUGCCCUAUGAAUUUAUAUGUCCUUGUACAUGCUCCUAAUGUAUGUAAACCAUGUCUUAUGAUGAAAAAUGCAUGUUGAUACUUGAUGAUUAUGACUUGUGAUUUUUCAGUUUUAUGCAUCAACCACUGAAAAUAUUAAUGAACUGCCAUCUGAUGAGUUUUAUUGUCUCUUUAUGAACUUGGGUCAGGUUUGCAUCACAGAGGUUUUCAAAACCUGUGACCUUGUUGUUUUAAUAAGCAUUUUAGUAAAAUUCAGGCAUGCCUUCAAACGAAAAUCCACCCACCAGGUAAUGAGAUAAUGUUACUCUUCUGGAAUUAGUGCACAAAUUGUAUGAGAUAUAUGGCAUCAUAAGCUAAUUUUCACAGUAGGAAAAACCUGAAAAAAAUUUAUUUCUUGUGUUAGGAAUGUUUGCUUACUUUGUAAAACAUACAUUUACCCAAUAAAGAUUAAUAGUCAUAAAAUUA